AUGUCACCAAGUAAGCGAAGAGCAUGGACACAAGAUGUAACCACUAUUUAGGAAGAUGACAUAAUCCGAGAGCUGGUAUACCUUUUUACUAUAACUGGGGGUAUUUUAAUUAUUUUAUUUUCCCUCAUUUCUCAGUUUCUCUUAUUAAGCAUAUCCGAAUUCGGAACUAAACGAUGGUCGCUCAUAGCUCAGCUGCUAACUGAAAGAGCUUCUACAAAAGACAAGCACACCAAAUCCAGAACGGGCAAACAAUGCAGGGAAAGAUGGCACAACCACCUCGACCCAGGGAUCAAAAAGAACACAUGGACCAAGGACGAAGAAAAUACCAUUUUCAAGUACCAGAGGAUCCUCGGGAACAAGUGGUCGGAAAUCGCUUCUCACUUGCCAGGAAGAUCUGAUAACUCCAUCAAGAACCACUUUUACAGCACACUCAGGAAAAAGCUGAGGAAUUACAACAGGUUUAGCUUGGGAGACGAAAGGUUCAAUGGAUCCAUCAAGGAGGUGCUGCAAAACCAUGAACUUAUGGGUGAGUUACUAAAUUAUCCAAGCUCUGAAUACGAGAUCGGAAAAUGGGAAACUCCAAGGUGAAGCACCGAGGAAAGUUCUGAGGACACCGAAGAGCAGCUGGAAGCUAGCUCUAAACCUAAAACAGAAGCAGAAAUUGACGACGCAUCCACCAUCCUCUGCUCCCUUUAUGACGCCAGAGAAGACUCUUUAACUUCCUGCCCAUCCUCUCCAAGGUCAAGUGAAGCUGAUUUUGGUAGUUUUGAAAGCAUAGUGACUCCUACUAUGAUUAUCAGGGCUGCAGCUUUGGAUAUCCUUUUUCCUAUUAUUUUCAGUUAGUUUAUAGUAAAAAUAAGAUUAUAUUAUUCAGCAGAGACCAGAAUAUCAAGCACUUUGAUUUUUCUGAGCCAAGCCAAAAUCAAUUUUCCUUUGACCAUAGGUGUGGAGGCAGCCCGAAAGGAUUUCAGCUUACCAAUUCAUUACACAUCAUAGAAGCUUAA